UAUAUCUAUGAAAUAAAUAAAAUAAAACGCUCGUCGUCGUCUUCUUCCUCCGCACUCCGGUGAUCGAUAAUCACAAAAGAACUAAAUCGUAGAGAGAAAAAAAAAAGGUUUACGAGAUGCAUUCAUUCGGAUACAGAGCGAAUGCUCUGCUCACGUUCUCCGUCACGGCGCUCGCCUUCAUCUGCGCAAUCGCGUCCUUCUCAGACAAAUUCAGCAACCAGAAUCCCUCUGCUGAGAUCCAGAUACUUAACAUCAAUCGUCUUAAGAAGCAAUCUUAUGGAAACGAUGAGGUCAGCUUGACACUGGACAUAUCGGCAGACUUGCAGUCACUGUUUACUUGGAACACCAAACAGGUUUUCGCUUUCGUGGCAGCUGAAUACGAAACCUCAAAGAACUCCCUGAAUCAGGUUUCUCUAUGGGAUGUGAUUAUCCCUGAUAAGGAACAUGCCAAGUUUAGGAUUCAAACCUCAAACAAGUACCGUUUCAUUGAUCAGGGACAUAAUCUUCGCGGAAGAGAGUUCAACUUGACGUUACACUGGCAUGUCAUGCCCAAGACCGGAAAGAUGUUUGCUGACAAGAUCGUCAUGCCUGGUUACAGUUUACCAGAUGCAUACAAAUGAUGAAGGCUGUGAAGAAAGCAUCUAAGAGUUUUUGAAUUUCGUUUUUCAUGGGAAAAGAUUCUGUUAAAAGUACUAUUGAUCUAUUAGAACUUUUCUAUAUAGAAAGAAUAAAAGCAUUGACCAUGAGAGUUUAGAACGUUGU